CACAAGAGCAAGGUCAGAGACCAGAGGACAUGGAGCUGAGUGGAGUGGCCGUGGCCCUGGGGCCCGCCAGCCAGCUCCUUUUACUCCUGUGCUUCAGGACCCUGGCCGCCCAGACUGCAGACACCUGUCCAGAGGUGAAGCUGGUGGGUCUGGAGGGCUCCGACAAGCUCUCCAUCCUCCGAGGCUGCCCGGGGCUGCCUGGACCCGCAGGGCCCAAAGGAGAGGCAGGCACCAAUGGACAGAAGGGAGAGCGAGGUUCUCCCGGAGUCCCUGGGAAGGCAGGGCCGGCCGGGCCCAAAGGUACCAAAGGAGACCGAGGGGAAAAGGGCGCAGGCGGAGAGAAAGGAGAUCCGGGAGAGCUUCAUUCCUGUGCCACAGGACCUCGGACCUGUAAGGAGCUGCUCACCAGGGGACACUUUCUGAGCGGCUGGCACACCAUCUACCUGCCCGACUGCCGGCCCCUGACCGUGCUGUGUGACAUGGACGUGGACGGCGGGGGGUGGACCGUUUUCCAGCGAAGGAGCGACGGCUCUGUGGACUUCUACCGGGACUGGGCCGCCUACAAGCAGGGCUUCGGCAGUCAGCUGGGAGAGUUCUGGCUGGGGAAUGAAAACAUCCACGCCCUGACCGCCCAGGGAAGCAGCGAGCUGCGGGUAGACCUCGUGGACUUUGAGGGCAACCACCAAUUUGCCAAGUACCAGUCAUUCAAGAUGGCGGGUGAGGCAGAGAAGUACAAGCUGGUCCUGGGAGCCUUUGUCGGGGGCAGUGCAGGUGAUUCCCUGACGCCCCACAAGGACCAGUUCUUCUCCACCAAAGACCAAGACAACGACAAGAGUUCCUCUAACUGUGCAGUGCAGUUCCAGGGGGCCUGGUGGUACAACAGUUGUCACUCGUCCAACCUGAACGGCCGCUACCUCGGGGGACCGCACACGAGCUAUGCCAACGGUGUCAACUGGAGGUCGUGGAGAGGGUACAACUACAGCUACAAGGCAACCACGAUGAAGGUGCGGCUCACCUAGGUGGGCGGGGCCCGCAGCCCGACCCCACGCCUCCCCGGGCCCCCUGCCUGCGGCCUCCCAAAACCCCACUCAGUCCCCAGCGAAGGCCAGCACACAUGCUCCCCCGCCGCCCCUUUGCUGAAGAAGACUUGCUUGCCCAGCCCCUUCUCUCUCAUCAAAGGGUCCGAACCCUCGUGCCCCACAGCCUCACCAGAAGAAGGAUCACGUGUUAAAACUGUUUGCUUUCUGGCAGACAUCUUCCCAGUUUUCAUUUGCGUCUUCGAACAUCAGCUGUUUUGAGUAUUUUUCCCAGAGCCCAUCCACAGCAGGGGCUGUGGUCGAGUCAGGGAGAGUUAGGGAGCCCAUUCAGCAGAUGUAACCACUGAUGUUCCUAGAGGGCAAGUGGCUGUUCCACAGAGCAUCAGCCCCCAGCCUUAAGCUCCCACUUCAUUUCAUCGACGGGUUGGGGGGGAUGUCCCCUCCCUCACCCAAAGUCACCUUCUUCUUCCUGAUAUUGGUCACAGCAUCUUCAUUCAUCUUUAAACAGGUCACUCUGAGACUAGAAAACUCUCAUUAAAAAGAGGGGGGAGGAGUUAAAUAGGGACCUUCCCGCUUUCAAUCAGUGCUCUGGGCCAGCUUCCCUGGAAAGCAGCUGAAACACCAAACACAGAUCCACAGGGUGGGCUGCGUCCACCCAGCGGAGCAAGGGCAGCUGGCUGUCCACACACCAUACAAAACCCCGAGGGGCCCGGCCUCACGCCGCACAACCCUCGGCUUCGGGGCGAUUGCAGACCUCAGGGUGCAAAGCGAACAGCCUGACGGGAGAUGAUAAAGGAGAGUUUUCUCAGGCUCUCGGGCCGGGGAGAGGUUUCUUAACUGGGACUUCAGAAACACCAGGCAUAAAGGAAAAGACUGAUGGAUUCAACCCCAUUCAAUCAAAAGCUUCUGUUUAUCAAAGGACACCGUAGGAAAUAAAAGGAGAGUCACAGAGGGAUAGAAUGCCUUGGUCACACGUAGGUUAUUAGUUUUCUACUGCUGUCUCUACUCAUUAACAACAAUUUAGUGGCUUAAGAACAAAGGAAACGUGUUAUCACAAAGUUCUGCCGGUUAGAAGUCCGACGUGGGUGUGACUGGGCUGGAAGCAAGUUGUCAGCAGUGCUGGUUCCUCCUGGAGGCUCCAGGGGAGGGUCCGUCUUCUGACCUUUUCCAGCUUCUGGAGGUCCCUGGCACAUUCCUUGGUUCAUGGCCCCUUCUCCAUCUUCAAAGUAGUGACAGCACAUCACUCCGACCCUGCUUUCAUGGUCCCAUCUCCCUCUGGGUAUAGCCAGAACAGGUUC